AUGCACACAAACUGGUGAGGAUACAGUACCAUUUUCAUCGGUUGAUGUUUUCAGGGUAAAUCGAAAGAGGCGCAGAAAAAACGAGAGAAAAGCCACACUGUGCACAGUGGGAUUCGAAAAUUGUCACAAGCAAAUGAAUUGGAUAAAAUCCGAAAAAUACCGGAAAAUUUAUUUUUUUAAAUACGUGACCUUGUGUCAAUUUCUGAUUUUCUAUUGCCAAUUCGCAAAAAAAAGUCCACUGGUGGAAAAAAAAAAUAUUUAAAAAUUCAAAUUCCAAUUUUUUCCGUGACCUUUUUAAGAUGACGUCUCCUAAAUGGUCUUUUUGGCCAAGAAGCUCUUCCAAUGGUCAUUGCUUCCUUGAUGCAAAACGCGAAAAGGCAUCGAAGGGUGAGUUAAUUUAUCUUCGACUGUAACGGAUCACAGCUUUUUCGUAAUUUUUGAUCCAUUUAAAAAAUUUACGAGCCAUGUUUUGAAGUCGUGGGGGCAUUUUGAUAAUAGCAAAAUAUGGUACGCAUAAAAGUUAGUCCAGGACAAAUUUCAAAAUCUCAAAUUAUGUUACAAAAAUUUCAAAAUCUCAAAUUAUGUUACAAAAAAUUUUGGAAAAAUUCAAAAAGUUUAUUUUUCUUCGCUUGUUCCAUCAAGCAAUACAAAAAUUUAACCAUGAUAAAUGUAAAACAGUUUUUUUUUCAGUUAUCGAGUAUCGUGUUGCUCAAAAGUAACACCAAGUGAAAAAUGCGAGUUGCUCUUGAAGGAAUAUGGCAAAGACUAUUAUUGGGACAAAAUUGAUCUGGAUGUUCAUGUGAUUCAGUUUGUGAGUUGUUUUCUUAAAAUCUGAUUUUAAGUCAAAAUGACCGUAUUUUUCAGAGAUAUCAACAUGACCAGCUAAAAUUCCUUUUGAACAAUCCCCAAUUCACUCCUCAAUAUAGCAACAACCUCUUGAAAGUGUCGAACAUUCCAAUCCAUGUUGGACAUGAUAUGAUCAUCGCCAAUUUCAAGCAAUUUGGCGAUGUUAAACAUUGCGAAAGACUAGAAGGUGAUGGUUUUGCCACAAUUGAGAUGGGAUGCCAUGAAGAUUUGAAGAAAACAAUUGCGUUUUUCCAACAAAACGCUUGUUUUGUUUUAUGUUUAGGUGAGCUUUAUUUAUUUUUUUUGGAUUCGCAGAAAUUUAUUUCAGCCAACAUAACUGGCCAACAAUGGUGGAGAUAG